UCCCUUUCUCUCUCCUCCUCUCCCAACAAACAGUGCUGUGGAGCCCAGACCAGAGCUCAAGACCUAUUGCCCUGCUGGCUUCGAGCUCUCCAUCGUUGGUGUUUUAUGGAGUUUGCCUGCUCUGUCCUCCGUAGAGAUUGAAAGAGAAAGAGAGAGAGAGAGAGAGAGAGCUCAGUUUGGCCCAAAUUCAUCAAUUCCUCUUUCAUUCAACUCUCUCAUCAUCUACCCAUCACUAGAGAGAGAGAGAGAGAGAGAUCUAAAAACAAAGGAGCAAAAUUCCAAACACCCCACCAUUUCCUCCUUGCUUCUCCCAGGCCUGAUCGAGUCAACAUAGAGAUCCAUCAUCCUUCCUCCCUGUCGAGCUUCCACUGAGCAGUCAACAUUAUCAGGCAAGCUCCCAUUUUUUCUCUCCUUCCUUCCCAUAGUUCCAACUCCGCCCUCCUCAUUCUAUCCGCCCAUUGAUUGGAAAGAAAGUCUGAUUGGGAUUUCUUGUACUUGAGGCUUUGUGGUGUAUAUAACUCGUCAAGGAGGGGGCAGCAGAACAUUCAUCAAGAAAUCGGGGAAUCCUAUUCCUGAGCCAGGGUAUGUAAUCUAAAUCGAACGAGUCAUUGUUAGGUAGUUUCAGGAUCGCAACAUGCCGCGUGAUUGUGCCCCCUGGAAAUAAAAUGCUGCUAGGCGGACUUAUUACCGGUGUAUACUUGCGAAGAGUGGAGAUUCAGACUAUUGAGAGUUAAAUUGAGAUGUGGAGUAAUUCUAGGAGGGUGGUCUGGUGACAUGAGUUACAUAUGAUCUCGGGGUUGAUGAACUUUCUGAGGGCGUGCUUUCAGUCGAGAUCAGGUGGAUACACUCGCAAAGGUUCCGAUGCCACGGGUAAGCAGGACGGGCUGCUCUGGUACAAGGACUUGGGGCAGCACGUGAAUGGUGAGUUCUCGAUGGCCGUUGUUCAGGCCAACAGCCUACUUGAGGACCAGAGCCAAAUUGAGUCGGGGAGCCUGAGUGUGCACGAGUCGGGUCCAUACGGGACCUUUGUUGGUGUUUACGAUGGACAUGGUGGGCCGGAGACAUCACGGUAUAUUAAUGAUCACCUCUUUCAACACCUUAAGAGGUGUGCAUCAGAGCAACAGUCCAUGUCAGUCGAUGUUAUACGGAAAGCAUUCCAAGCAACAGAAGAUGGGUUCUUGUCUGUUGUUACAAAACUAUGGCCGCUGAACCCUCAAAUUGCAGCCGUUGGAUCAUGUUGCCUUGUUGGAGUCAUAUGCAGUGGCACCCUUUAUGUUGCUAAUUGUGGUGACUCACGAGCAGUUUUGGGAAGACUCGUGGGGGCCACAGGGGAGGUAGCGGCUGUUCAGUUGUCCACAGAACACAAUGCAAGUGUCGAGUCCGUGAGGCAGGAGUUGCGUGCCAUGCACCCUGAUGACUCACAGAUUGUAGUUUUGAAGCAUAAUGUUUGGCGCGUGAAGGGCAUUAUACAGGUUUCAAGAUCUAUUGGUGAUGUAUAUUUAAAGAAAGCCGAGUUUAACAAGGAGCCCCUGUAUGCAAAGUUCCGCCUCCGUGAGCCCUUCAAGAGACCCAUACUGAGUGCAGAUCCGUCAUUUUCGGUGCACCAGCUGGAGCCACAUGAUCUUUUUGUCAUAUUUGCAUCAGAUGGAUUAUGGGAGCAUCUCAGCAACCAAGAAGCCGUUGAUAUAGUUCAAAAACACCCACAUAGUGGAAGCGCGAGGAUGUUGGUGAAAGCUGCCCUGCAGGAAGCGGCAAAGAAGAGAGAAAUGAGGUACUCGGACCUGAAGAAGAUUGACCGCGGGGUACGCAGGCAUUUCCAUGACGAUAUCACGGUGAUCGUCGUGUUUCUCGAUAUGAACCUGAUGAGCCAAGCGAGUUCCGUGAAGUUCACUAAUUUGUCGCUCAGGGGAGGUGGCAUCAGCUUGCCUCCCAAGUCACUUGCACCUAACAACUGGUCUGCACAGUAGGAAAGCCUUUUCGUUAAGGACAGACUCUGUGUGUUUGUAAUCUUCUCUUCUGCUGUAUGAUAUAAUGCAUUUUGUGUUUGUUGCUGAUCGAGUAGCUUUGUCGGUAGAUCGAACAGGAGCAGGCCUGUGAUUCUUUAAAUGUAUACUGUUAAAAGUAUUUUUCUUUAACACGAAAUUCGAUCCUUGCAGUUUAGAGUUA